CUUUUUGCAGCGUGCGGGCUAUAAAGAGAGGGAGUGGCGCACUGGUUAACACUGAGGAGAGAGACUCCACACGCAGACCGCAGCACGGCAGCGCCCGGGAUAACAUGAUUAUCGCUCUAUUAGGUCCGCUACUGAGCACAAGUAGAUGCAGCACAGGGAUCAUUGUGUGGAGAGAGAGAAGAGACACAGAGGGAAGACUUCAUCCACCACAUGGAUCCUCUUUGCUUCCUAUUGAUCUGCUUAAAGAAGUUACCCACUGACAGUUUCAUUAAUGCCUGUGCGUCUUUGGCACUGGAGAGGUUGUGUCACCGCUCUUUUUCUCGUCUCAGAUGAACAGACAUUAAUAAUGAGAGCUUAUCCCUGAGGAUCCUCUGCAAGAUGAAAUGAAAUCCAGGAAAGCCAAAGAGGAGAGAUUCAGUUGCUUCCUUUCUCAGCCCUGCUCUGAGCUACUAGCUCUGUACUUCUUGGUGAUGAUAUUUGUUAACCUAAGGUGAACUCACAUAGGAAGUGGGCCAAUUUGCUCCAAUGGGGGUUGACAACAAGACCAACCAGACUCUUCUAGCCCCUUACAGCCUUGAGAUGGCCCUGCCGCUCACUGUGCUGGUGGGGAUCAUGAUCCUGCUGACAGUGUUUGGCAACGUGCUGGUGGUCAUAGCUGUGUUUACAAGCCGGGCCCUGAAGGCUCCGCAAAACUUAUUCUUGGUGUCGUUGGCGUCGGCGGACAUUUUGGUUGCUACUCUUGUGAUGCCUUUUUCCUUGGCCAAUGAGCUCAUGGGAUAUUGGUACUUUGGAGAGGUGUGGUGUGAGAUUUAUCUGGCACUUGAUGUUCUUUUCUGCACCGCCUCCAUUGCUCACCUCUGUGCCAUCAGCUUAGACCGCUACUGGUCCAUCACUCAGGCCAUUCAGUACAACCUAAAGAGGACGCCACGUCGCAUUAAGUGCAUCAUCUUCAUUGUGUGGGUCAUCGCAGCGGUUAUCUCCUUCCCACCUCUGAUCACCAUGGAGAAAGAAAAUAGCAAGGAGGACCCUGUGUGUAAGAUCAAUAAUGAGAAGUGGUACGUCAUCUCCUCGUGCAUCGGCUCCUUCUUCCUCCCCUGCGUCAUCAUGGUCCUGGUCUAUGUGCGGAUCUACCAGAUUGCUAAGAAGAGAACGCGGGCACCACCAGGAGACAGGAAGCGGAAGGAGAUCCAGAAGACGGCCACCAUUGCCGCUGUUGACCAGAAAGAGAAUGGCGUGGGUGCAGGUGAUGUUAAGGACCGUCUCUGCCAUGAGAAGCUGAAUGGUGAACGUGACAUUGAGUUGAAGGAGGGAGUGGGAGGAGAAGAAGGAGCAGAUGAGGAGAAAGGUGAGAUCAAUGGGGUGGACCUUGAGGAGUCGUCCUCCUCUGACCACCAAGUGAACAACCCCUGUUCGAUCAAAAAGAAAGCAUCCAAGGGGAAAACCAAACUGAGCCAAAUCAAACCGGGGGACAGUGACAACCAAAAGCGAGUGCCAAGCAACAAGGGCAGUCGCUGGAAGGGCCGACAGAACCGUGAGAAACGCUUCACCUUUGUCCUGGCCGUAGUCAUUGGAGUGUUUGUCAUCUGCUGGUUUCCCUUUUUCUUUACGUACAUGCUGAUGACGCUGUGCGAGUCCUGCCUGGUGCCUGACACCCUGUUCAAGUUCUUCUUCUGGUUCGGCUAUUGCAACAGUGCGUUGAACCCCAUCAUUUACACUAUUUUUAACAAUGACUUUAGGAGGUCUUUUAAAAAGAUACUGUGCAGGAGGGACACUAGAAGAUAUGUAUGAUUGACUUCAUCUGAAUGUACAUACUUUUUUUUUUUAAAGAAAACUUGAUUGUACAUAAAUUAUAAAGUACAUUGACCAUUGUGCAUGAGUCGCUGGCUCGCUCGCUCUUGGUGUAACCGCUUGGAAAGGCUUUGCCAGGAUUACUUUUACAUGCAGCAUCCUUUCAAAACAUCCACCACCCACAGCUUCAAUACAGACCACAAUCAGACAGAGAGGUCCCAACAGAACAGAACACCACAGUGAAACCAUGUUUUUAUCGUUAAUGUUAUUUUUAUUUUUAUAAAGCAAAAAAACAAUAUAGUGACGUCAUGAUGUGUGUUGUACUUAAAGUAUGUUGUGCAAAAA